AUGCUGGAGGCGGCCGAAGCGUUGGACGAAAACGACGACCUAGGCCUCCUCACAGGGGGAGGGGGCGGAGGGGGCGGCGGCGACGACGACGCGAACUCCAACGACGGGCGCGAAGGCGGACCGGCGAGCGCGGAGUCCCAAAAGGGGGAGGAUAGCAUCUUAGACAUCCCACCGUCGUGGGUACGACAGCUGACCCUUGACCGAGACCUGCUGGCCCUGCGGUACCCGCCAAGGGGCCAGCGCACGAUCAUGUACCGAAGGACAAAGGCCGAGCUGUUCGCGGAAAACGUGCACCCGGAGGGCACCACCAUGAGGCUCACGCUCUAUAAGGAUCGACUGUGCACGAUUGCGAAGGAAAUUCGCGAGGUUUUCGUUAACCGAGCGGACCGUCUGUACUCGCGGGUGCGCUUUCCGCUCGAAGGGAAGGUGUCCGAGCUAUUCCAUCCCGGGCGCGCGAACUCUUUACGAAACCUCGUAACCUGGAGCGGGCGGCGUAGGGAGCUCUACUUCUUCGUUGAGGCCAGGCUGGACGGCUUGGUCUCGCGAGUGGAAGACAUCGGCAAGAAGGUUCGCUAA